UGAAUAACAAUUGACGUAAGAUAAAUCUGGGGCCAUGACUGAAAUGCAGUGUGCGCCGAAGACUCCAGAGGCAGCAGACAGCAGAGGGGUCUCGCCUUCGUAUUUUCUGUCGUCGUAAUAUUUACUUACAGCAACCAUGUUUAAAAAGUUUGAUGAGAAGGAGUCUGUGUCAGGCACCCAGCAACUCAAGUCUUCUGUACAGAAGGGAAUACGCAACAAAUUGGUGGAGUCCUUCCCUUCACUUGGGGAUUACCUUGAGAAGAUACUGCCCAAAAAAGAUGCCUUCAGGAUUGUGAAAUGUCAUGAACACAUAGAGCUGUUGGUGCGCAGUGAUGGGGAGCUGCUGUUCUUCAGACAGAGGGAAGGCACCUGGAUGCCCACCUUAAAACUCCUGCAUAAAUAUCCUUUCAUGCUGCCCUGGAUGCAGGUCGACAAAGGUGCCAUUCGCUUCAUUCUCAGUGGUGCCAACAUCAUGUGCCGUGGAUUAACCUCCCCAGGAGCCAAGAUGUCAGAAGUGGAGCAAAAUACAGUGGUAGCAGUGAUGGCAGAAGGGAAACAACAUGCUCUUUGUGUGGGUGUCACUUCUCUCUCCACCCAGGACAUAGCCAAAACCAAUAAAGGGGUGGGCAUAGAGAACUGUCACUACCUUAAUGAUGGCUUAUGGUACAUGAAGCCAGUAAAAUAAUUCUUGUCUUACUUAGGUGAAUGUGAAAUGGCUGGGAAUCUUUUUUUAUCAUGCAUUUCAUAAAGUUCUAAUGCCC